AUUUUCCUUUCGUGGCUUUUGGUGACUACAUCUCCUCAAUUUUCUGGAAUUUAUUGAAAAUAAAAUCACAGAAAUACUGAGCAGAAAUGCAAGCGAUCAGGUCUUUUUUAAUCCCAAAAUGGUCCUCCGAUGUCCGUCUGGAUGGGAAGACUGCUAUAGUGACAGGCGCAAAUACAGGGAUUGGCAAAGAAACCGCCAUGGACCUGGCUGGCAGAGGAGCCCGGGUGAUCCUGGCGUGUCGGGAAAUGGCCAAAGGUGAGCAGGCAGCCCGUGACAUCAUGAGGCAGGUGAAAGAAGCCAAGGUUGUCGCCAGGCAUCUGGAUCUGGCCGACACCAAAUCCAUCUGCCAGUUUGCAGAGCAGAUCUACAACACUGAAAAGUCUCUGCACUUCCUGAUCAACAACGCUGGAGUUGCUAUGUGUCCUUACGCCACGACUGCCGAUGGGUUUGAGAUGCAGUUCGGAGUGAAUCACUUGGGACACUUCUUCCUAACCUUCCUGCUGCUCGACCUGUUGAAGCAUUCCGCACCAUCUCGGGUCAUCAACUUGUCCUCCGGAGCUCAUGCGAUGGGUAAAAUCCAGUUCGACGACCUGAGUGGAGAUAAAAACUAUCACCCUGUCAGGGCCUACGCACAGAGCAAGCUGGCCAACGUGCUCUUCACCAGAGAGCUGGCUAAAAGGACGGAAGCUCUCGGAGUGAUGGCUUAUGCAGUGGACCCUGGUCCAGUCAACAGUGACAUCACAAGGCAUAUGCGGCGCCCCGUAGCUAGAUUCAUUAAAAGGGUUGCCUUCCUCAUCAAGACGUCUGCAGAAGGAGCCUACACCACCAUCUACUGUGUUGUGACCCCUGAACAGCAGAUGCUGACGGGAGGAUUUUACAAGGACUGUGCCAGGUCCAGCAGCUGCAGAGCGGGUCAGGAUGAUGGCACGGCCCUCAAGCUGUGGGCAGUGAGCUGCCACUUGCUGGGCAUCCGCUGGAAAUGAAGAGUGGCGAGCAGCGAGAGCGUUGCAUCAGUCAGAAUAUGGUACAAACAUGAAGCUUAAAUGAUGUUUUAAUGAAACAAUGUAAUGGGGACAAAGAGAGUAGAAUCAAAAAUAAAUAUAAUUGUGAUUCAUCAAUUAAAUGAAAGAUGUUUUGAGUGGUUUGUAAUCAACAUACUGUUUGUUUGGGGUUUUUUUUGUAUGACAGAAG